AUGGCACAACAACCAAUGAAAAUAUAUUAUGUCUUUAUCCUCUUUUACUUAUUAAAUUCGAUAUUUGGAGGUUCUUAUCAACGGCGUUUAUUGCAAGACCUUUUCGCUGAAAAGCAACAUGAUAAACUUGAACGAGCCUCUAUAGAUAAUUCAGUAGCUGUAUCUGUCGAUAUAGGAUUUAAUCUACUACAAAUCAUGGACUUUGAUGAGAAGAAUCAAGUCCUUACAACUAAUGGCAUAUUGACUCUGAUAUGGGAUGAUAACAGAAUGAUGUGGGAACCGGCAGAUUAUGGUAAUAUUACAAAGGUAGUAGUACCAAGCACAAAAAUUUGGAUCCCAGAGAUUCUUCUGUAUAACAGUGUCGAUGAGGAGUUCGACAGUCUAAGACCAACCAAUGUGAACAAUUCUGGAAUUAAUACGACAAUGUCAAAUACAGAAAUUGAACUGACUUCAUACGUGAAAAAUUUCAAAUGGGAUCUGAAAGAUACCUCUGCAAUGAUCAAUUUAGUGCAAUUUGAUUGUUGCCCGGAAGUAUUUGAAAGUGCUGUGUUUACUAUUCAAAUUGCUCGGCAUUCUCUUGAUUCUUUCGGAAAUGUUACUGAUACUAAAACUAAGAACAAUCAACGCAAUGAUAUUCAAAAAUAA